ACCUUUUCAUCCUCUUGAAAUAUAUUCCCUUUCUAUAUUGAAAAUUCAGUCAAGCUUUAUCCGUCAUUUUUUUACGGGCCGAAAGAGGAGAGAGUGCAUUUUGAUUGCGAUAAUGCAUAUGAGAGUGGAUCCGGCAGCGCGUAAAAAGGGCGUUACUCCUAAUGAGAUAUUUAUGUCUAUCUUCUUGCUUGAGUUCGACGACAUACUUCCGACGGCACUCCUUUCAUCACCUCCUCCUUCUUGCCAUACACUCAUCAGAAUGACUCGAUUGAUCUCACAUUGGACUUCAAGAGCAGCGGAAAAUUUCAAGCUGUUGUUUCAAAUACGAGAUGAGCCUACCCAAUCUGACUCACAAAAAGGAGAGCAAGGUAUACGAGUCGGAAUACAAAGACCGAUAAGCCCAAUAGUUCUGCUGUCCAAGUUAGACAAAGAUCACUGGCUUGCACUAUUGGCCGGUUUCAUCGCCUUUUAUGCAGACUUUUUGGAUUUUAACGUAUUGGCUACUGCCACGACAAAGAUUGCUGAUUAUUACCAAACGAGCAAGACCCAUGUGAGCGAUUCCAUUACCUACACAAUGGCUUUGCGGGUCGUUGGAGCGGCAAUAUUUGGUUUCUUUGGCGAUUUGGUAGGUCGACGUUGGCCAUUGAUCAUCGAUUUGGUCUUACUCGGGUCGUUGCAAGUGGCUACAAUCUACUGCACCUCAAUGAAUGCGUUCUUUUUGUAUCGCGCUGGCUUUGGAAUUUGUAUGGGUGCUGUAUGGUCUUUGGCAGGAUCGACUAUAUUCGACAUCACACCUCCCGAAUGUAGAGGUUUGUUAGGAGGUAUAUUUCAAGCCAGUGCAGCUUGUUCUGGUCUGACGGCAGCAGGAUUGAAUAUGGCUUUUGGCGCUGCACCAGAAAGUUGGAAAAUGAUGUUUUGGAUAAGUUGUGGGGUAUCGUACUUUGCUGCAAUUAUACGUUUCAUCAUUCCGGAAUCCAAACAAUUUCGAGAAGCGGAAGAGAAACGUAAAGCUUUGGAAAUAGUACGAUUGCAAACGCUUAUGGAAAUGCACGGUACAGUGAAACAAGUUAAACGUCAUCACAGACUCACUGUGUUUUGUCGGGAAUUUUCAAAAAUGUUUAGAUUGCAUUGGCAAACUUUUUUGUAUAGUGCAUUGUUUGUCUUCCUGACCAGUUGGGCAAAUCACUCGUACGGCGAUAACUAUUUCACGUUUCUGAUCGACGGUAAAGGGAUCAACAACCGGGACGCAAGUAUUAUCGCGAUGAUUACCAAGACUGGCUGUAUCUCUGGAAUGGUCACUAUCGGUUGGCUAGGAGAGUAUCUUGGAAGGAGGAGAAUUGCUGCCGCUUGUACAAUAAUGGCUGCCCUACUCUUACCCGCAUCCAUAUCACCCUCCUCCUUCUGGGGAUUGUGUCUCGGUGGAUGGUUUUAUCAAUUCUUCGUCGAGAGCUUUGGAGCUGUUCUAGCUUCGCAUCUCAAUGAGCUUUCACCUGUUGCAUUUAGAGCAGUGAUGCCAGGUGUUGCUUAUCAGCUUGGGACAUCCCUCUCUGCUCCUUCUUCAUGGAUCGUUAACAAGAUUGCUGAGAAAAAGCAUAUUGUCGUUGAUGGCAAAAGUGUUGAGGCAUACGGUCCUGUCAUGCAAGCAACGGCGGGGAUAUGUUACAUUUUGAUGAUCUUGUUGGCAAUAUUUGGACCGGAAAGAAGAGGAGCAGAUUUGGAACACUUUGAACCUGCCGGUAUGAAGAUUGAUGAUGAAACAAUCAUCUCUCACGAUGAAGAAGAAGGAAGGUCAAGUGUGGCUGACAUUGAUGAUGAAAGACAGCCUAUGCUUGAAGGACAGAAGCGGCAGCAUAAUGUAUUAUAACUGCAUCCAUC